AUGGAACACAAGCACCAUCACUCCCAAAAGGCAGCAGAAGCACAAGAAGAACAAAAAGAUCCAAAUCUUGGUCUCUUCUGUACAUUCUGUGGUACUUUAGUUCCAAUUUCCAACGUAGGUCACAUGGUUUGCCCAUUAUGCAAGAAAGCCUUCGAUGGCAAAGCAUUACAAUUCUCUGAGAAAACAGUUAAAAUUGUUAAAGAAGCUGACGAAAUUACCUCAAAGCAAGGACUCGCUCGUUCUAUUAUCAAAGAAAAAUGUCCAGAAUGCGGAGAAGAAGGUUUGUACUUCACAACUGCACAAAUUAGAUCUGCAGAUGAAGGUCAGACUAUUUUCUACGAAUGUAUCCACUGUGGCUACAGAUUUUCUCAAAAUGCUUAA